CCGGAUUAAACUCGCCGGGCCGCCGCUGACCGGAGGUAAACAUUAACCCAGCUCCGCGUGUCCCUCAGUGUCUCCGUGUCCCUCAGUGUCCUCCUGUCUCUGGAGCGUGGAACAUGGCCGUGUCCUCUUCCCUGCGCCUCGGGGGACAGACGUGGUUCAGUGGCUCCGUGCAGCAGGCGAGCAGGAGGUUUUCAGAGAACGGCGACAAAGGCUGGUUUCGUUCCUUAUUUGUGCACAAAGUCGAUGCCAGGAAAGAUGCCCACUCCAACCUGCUGUCAAAGAGGGAGACCAGCAACCUUUACAAAAUCCAAUUUCACAAUAUCAAGCCAGAGUGCAUGGAAGCGUACAACAGUCUAGAGGCUGAGGUGCAAAACCGGCUCCAUCAGGACCAGGACUACCCAUGUGAGGUGGUGGGAAGCUGGAAUACCUGGUACGGUGAACAGGACCAAGCUGUGCAUCUGUGGAGAUACAAGGGAGGUUACCCAGCCUUGACUGAAUGUCUGGAGAAGUUGAACAACAACAAGGAGUAUUUAGAAUUUCGGAAAGAGAGGGCGAAAAUGUUGAUUUCAAGGCGAAACCAGCUUCUCCUGGAGUUCAGCUUUUGGAACGAACCUUUGCCCAGACCAGGACCGAACAUCUAUGAAAUGCGAACAUAUCAACUCAAGCCAGGAACUAUGCUCGAAUGGGGCAACCACUGGGCGAGGGCCAUUGAGUACCGACAGGAGAACAGUGAGGCAGUGGGCGGCUUCUUCUCCCAGAUCGGGGACCUGUAUGUUGUUCAUCACCUGUGGGCUUAUGAAAGCCUCCAAUCCCGGGAGGAGACGAGAAACUCUGCAUGGCUGAAGGAGGGAUGGGAUUCAAAUGUGUAUUACACAGUACCUUUGAUUAGAAGCAUGGAGUCUAGAAUAAUGAUUCCCACCAAGAGUUCACCAUUACAGUGAGAGAGAGAGAGAGAGAGACUGAAACUGCAAACAACAGAAUGACCAUCACUCAUUCACCGACUGCCAGAUCAACAUGGAAUGAUCCUGAUCCUACUGAUUGUAUUUGUGAGUUUAGGUCGAGUCUGUGGAACAAGCUUUGACAAACUGAAUCUGUGAAAUACAAAAGGACAUUGCAUUCGUAGAACUGGGCUAAAGAGAGUAAUUUACAUUAUGAUUAUCAAGCCUGAUAUGCUGCUUUUUGUUUUAAUCAUGACUGAUGAGAGGUUAUUUGUUUUUCACUGUGAAAAAAUUAUCCCAGCUUUUUUGUUAUGUCUUAGUUUUUAUGUCUGUAGCCAAAGAAUCACACCGAGCUUCACUACUGUGAAUCUAAUAUCUAAUCAAAUAAAGCUUGACUACUACCUCAAUCAAUAAAAUAUAUGAUCAUUGUACUGAUUAUAAUAACCAAAGAUGUGAUGAGGGGCACAUGUUUACUUUCCACUCUGAAAUGACCAGUGUUUUCAAAAUAAAAGCUGACUAAUACACAAAA